CGGUUACAUUCACAGAAGUGUACAAAGGAAACCUCGAUAGUCGUCAUCAACCAUCGAUGUUUUCUCCACCUCUAUUUUCCAUCUAAUUGUAGUUUAAGCUGAAUAUUAAGCGAAAUGAUUGCUGUAGAUGAAACAAUUAGUAUAGACAUCAAAGGAAAUGAUACAUCCACUGACGACCUAAAGCUGCGCCCAAUAAAUUGCGAGUUAAAUCCUCUAACCCGCCCGGAUGCAUCAGCUUUAUUUACGCAAGGAGAUACAUGCGUUCUUUGUUCAAUGCUCGGCCCAGUGGAAGUGAGAUCUCAAAACCUUAACAUAGAAAAAGCCCACGUGGAAUGUAUUUACCGACCAAAAGCUGGCAUACCUACAAUAGAAGACAAAUUGAGGGAGAGUAUUAUUCGUGAUACUUGUGAAUCGGCACUACUGACCACGUUGCACCCUCGUACAACCAUUUCAAUACAAAUACAAGAAUUGGAUAAUAGAUGUGGACUUAAAGCAUGUGCAAUAAACGGAGCAUGUCUGGCUUUGCUCAUUGGCGGGGUGCCCAUGAAAUUUACCAUUGCUGCAGUGCACUGUAUUGUAGACAAGGAUGACAAAGUUGUACUUGAUCCGGAUCAUUGUAAAGCUAUUGGCAAACGUGCUGCGUUUAUAUUUGUGUUUGAUAGUUUGGAAAAGCAUUUAGUAACAGUUCAUACCAGCGGUCGUUUUCGAAUGUCGCAGUUUAACGAUGCUGAAUGUAUUAGUCGGGCGGCGAGUCAGAUUAUAUUCAAUUUUUACCGGCGUAUUAUUUCAAACUUCCACAAUAAAUCAUUGUUGACAGCCGAUACUAAAUCAAGAAACAGAGAAGCCGAGCCGAUCAUCAAAGGAGAACCCAUUGAAUUAUAAACCUAAAGAAAUUUUGUAUAUAAAAAAGGUAAUUGUAACAUAAACCAACAAGUUUUUUACAUCUUUAUUGUGCUUUAUCGCUAUAGCUAUUUGAAUAAAACUGUUUUAUUGAGGUAAAGUAAAGCGGUAAGCCUUUAAGCACCUGCGAGUUAGAUUCGGUGAUCUUGACUGCUACAAAAUCGCCCGUUGUGAUUUCUCUGUGACUUCCUACUUCACUCGGCAGCAUCACCGAUGGCACAAUAACUUUAAUAUUGGCAUCAUUACGCCCAAACCAACAUUUAUCCGAUCUUUUGCUCUUUCCCUCUAUAAGUACAAGCUCGUUUCGACCCUCAAAACGUUUGUGCAAAUCUGUAGCACCCUGGCGGAACACCUGUACCAUGCGUUGUAAGCGCUCAGUUUUAACUGCUUGCGGCACAUCAUCUUUAUAACGUCGAUGUGCAGUCGUCCGUUCACGCAUACUAUAAGCGAAUAGGAAUGCUACAUUAUAGCGAACCAGCUCCAUUAGCGUUAGUGUGUCUUUGAACUCUUCUUCCGUUUCACCGCAAAAUCCGCAAAUGAAAUCACUGGAAAUACCCACGUUCGGAAGCAUUGUUCUUAUAGAGUCCACCAAGCGUAGAUAAGCAUCUCUUGUAUAACCCCGCCGCAUACGUUCCAGUACAGCGUCAUUUCCAGACUGAGCGGGCAGAUGUAAAUUUUUACAAACAUUUGGAUAAUCGCAUAUGAUGCGCAGUACGUCUUCAGAGAAAUCCUUUGGAUGUGGUGAUGUG